AUGGCGGUAGACAUGGAAGAAACUCCGAACUACGAGAAUCCGUUUUCAAAACAAGAGAACAUCAGUAUUUACAAGUCUAAUAUGGACAACCAUCCUGGUGCCGAUAUUGAAGCUUUGAUAGCCCAGAAUUGCGAGCGGCGGCCCCCCUUCACCCCGAUAUCCAUCCAUGGACUCCGGUGGGCGGGUGAACUCAACGCAUCAAUACAAGUGUUUGCCAAAGAUCCUAUCACCGGAGAGCCAAUAGAAAAGGCUCCAAGGACUGUGAGGGAAUCAAAAGAUAUACCAGCCUUUGAGGAGUGUCCGAACCUGAACGUCAGAAUCUCAGACCUGGUGCCCAUGGAAGGCGGUGUUGAUAGCAAAUAUUUGGCUUUAGACUGGGACGAGCUGCGGUUUCUCCUUGCCGCUUCAAGGCAGAGACUGGCAAGUAAAUGA